AGCGGUGAACAGCAGCAGCGCAUGGGCUCAGCACAAACCCGACAAACUGAAGUCGUACACAGCGCACGACAGGACAUUUCCAUCUGGUGCAGAGGUCAACAUCUUUCAGCACGGGGGAAGGCACCAUAUGUUGUUCAAUAGUUAGAGGUCGAUAGGAUUGAUUGAUGAGUUUAUUUUGUCAUGAACGGGGCAUUAAUGCCUUUGACCCACUGCUACAUUUACGAAUAAUCCCCUUUGCAUACAGCACGGUGCUAGAAGAUGGCGGAGUCAGAUGGUGGGGAUUUCGCCUCGAAUCGUCCACAGAACAGUAUGGCUAACAAGAAUAGCUCCCUGCGUUGCACGUUCUCAGCCCCAAGCCAUAGCGCCACUCUCCUACAGGGCUUGUCGGUCCUGCGAGCCCAGGGGCAGCUCCUGGAUGUGGUGCUGGCCAUCAAUGAGGAGCACUUCCAGGUUCACAAGGCAGUGCUGGCCUCCUGCAGUGACUACUUCAGGUGAGACUGACGCUGUCUCUCCGACAUGGCUUCUGCUUUCAUCUCCUUUCCUCUGCACUGAUUUGAGACAACUGGACACUGGAUGUAUUUUUUUGACUGUAGAGAUGCACUGACCUGGAAAGAGAGACCCAGAGCCAUGUUCACUGGAGGCAUGAGGGAGUCAAACCAGGAAACCAUUGAGCUGAAGGGCUUGUCUGCCCGCGGCCUGAAACACAUAAUUGACUUUGCCUACAGCGCAGAGGUCACGCUUGACCUGGACUGCAUUCAAGACGUACUGGGAGCAGCAGUCUUUCUACAGAUGGCCCCAGUCGUUGACCUCUGCGAAGAAUUCCUCAAGUCGGCUAUGAGCGUAGAGACCUGCCUGAACAUCGGCCAGAUGGCCACCACCUUCAACCUGACCUCCCUCAAGGAGUCUGUGGACACCUUCACCUUCCGCCACUUCCUGCAGAUUGCCGAGGAGGAAGACUUCCUGCACAUCCCCAUGGAGCGCCUGGUCUUCUUCCUACAGAGCAACAAGCUGAAGAACUGCAGCGAGAUUGACCUGUUCCACGCUGCCAUCCGCUGGCUGCAGCACGAUGAGGCCCGCCGAGCCGGUGUAAACGAGGUCCUCUGCCACGUGCGAUUCCCCCUCAUGCCCUCCUCGGAGCUGGUGGACAGCGUGCAGACGGUGGACAUCAUGGUGGAGGACGUGUUGUGCAGGCAGUACCUCCUGGAGGCCUUCAACUACCAGAUCCUCCCGUUCCGUCAGCACAAGAUGCAGUCCCCGCGGACCGUGAUCCGCUCCGACGUGGUUUCGCUAAUUACCUUUGGCGGGACACCCUACACUGACAACGAUCGUACUGUGAGCAGUAAGGUGUUCUAUCUCCCAGACAUUGCAGCGCGUCAGUUCAAGGAACUAACGGAGAUGGAGACAGGAUCCAGCCACGCCUGUGUAUCAGUGCUGGACAACUUUGUGUACGUAGUCGGCGGGCAGCACCUGCAAUACCGCAGCGGUGAAGGGGCAGUGGACAUCUGCUUCCGUUACGACCCACACCUGAGCAAAUGGCUGCGUAUCCAGCCAAUGCAGGAAGGGCGUAUUCAGUUCCACCUCAACGCUCUUCAAGGACAACUCUACGCCACUGGGGGGCGCAACCGAUCUGGAAGUCUGUCGUCCGUAGAGUGCUACUGUCCUAAGAAAAACGAGUGGACCUACGUGGAACCACUAAAACGCAGAAUCUGGGGCCAUGCAGGAACUCCCUUUGGCGACAAGCUCUACAUCUCAGGGGGUUACGGUGUCUCAGUGGAUGAUAAGAAAACCCUGCACUGUUACGACCCCACGUCUGACCAAUGGGAUUUCAAAUCGCCUAUGAACGAGCCCAGAGUGCUUCAUGCUAUGAUCAGUGCCAAAGACCGUGUUUACUGCCUGGGCGGUCGCAUGGACCACGUGGAUCGCUGCUUUGACGUCCUGGCAGUUGAGUAUUAUAUUCCAGAGAAUGACCAGUGGACCACUGUUAGCCCCAUGCGAACAGGGCAAUCUGAGGCAGGCUGCUGCUUGUUGGAUAAAAAGAUCUAUAUCGUUGGAGGGUACAAUUGGCAUCUAAAUAAUGUCACAAGCAUUGUGCAAGUGUACAACACAGAGACUGAUGAGUGGGAGAGGGAUUUGCACUUUCCUGAGUCUUUUGCAGGAAUUGCGUGUACGCCGAUCAUACUUCCACAAACCACCACGCAACGGUAAUCCUUCGGCCCAAAGAGACUGACAAUUUGAUUCCAUGCAUUCUUACUGUUGAGCUGUCAAAUUAAUACAAACAUGGCACAUUACAUAAACUUGAAAUAUUAGUGGUAAUUUUUAUGUAAUGUGGGUGGGUGGGUGGGUGUGUGUGUGUGUGUUUGAGGGAAUAAGUGGAAAUAGGAAUACUAUUUUGCUAUAAUAUACAGUGUAUUACUUCAUUUUCCAUCCUAUGGUUGAGGUCCAUGUGCUGCAUUGUAAUGACCAGUUUUAAUGGAAAAUAAGUGUUAGCUUUCUGAGACAAACUCGCUUUUAGGGUAUUUUAAGCAAUACUUAAAACACUACCCACAGUCAAAACUGAUUUGCAGGAUAGUUUUUAAAUUUGUGCCAUGCAUCAAGGAAGCAUGUUUUGAUUAUUUAAUUGAGUAUAUUCAUUCAAAUAAUAAAAGAAAAUGUAAAAAAAUUUUUUUUUACAACAUAUUGGAUGACAUAUUUGACUGUUUAGGACCAUUUGAGAACCAGUGAUUGACUUAAGAAGACUCUCCUAAUGUUUUAUGUUUAUUUCAGAACAUCUGUUUUUGCUGUGUAUGGUGAUGUGCUCAUUAGGCUGUUCAAUUGACUGGAGACGUUUACAUACAGUCAUCAUAAUGAAAUGUGUAUUCCAAACUGACAAGCUAAUAUGUCUCUUAUGGCACCGUAAUCAUUUUUUUCAACUCCUUUGUGUAAGUGUGUGAGAACAUCUGUUAGGUAGGCUUCCUGAAUAUUCUGAAGUCUCUUAUACUGUGUAUAAUCAAUAUACUGUAGAUCAGAAUGAAGUGCUUUUGUCUUGUCCAUCUGUUGCAGUGUUUAGUUGUGGGGGAAACUGGUCAAGUGGUCAGAUAUAUUUUGGUGCCACGUUCUUUCUCCAAGCUCCUACAUAAAAGGACAGCAUCAGUGUGAGCACUAUGUUAAUGAAUUUUACCUAGACAAGCAUACAGCUUUCACUUAUCCAGUCCUGACAGAACUGUGAAUCUCAAAGAGCUGGUCGCAAGGGGCUGAACUUCACAUAAGGGUCAAAGUAAAGGCAUAGAUGGAAAGAACAGCACAGCACACAAGCAGUGAUAUGUGAUUAUUUUCCCUAGUGUAUUUCUUAUUUUAGUGGACCACGUGGAUCGUAGCAUUUUUGUUUUGAGGAGUAGCAUAUUUGUGAGGAUUUCAGUAUUGUAUGCAAAACUGAUAUGGCUUUUACUGAUUUUAGACUGUUGGCAAUGCUGAGACGAGCUGAAUUUUAUUUGGAAGCACAACAUGGAACCCGUUGAAAAAUGUUUGGUUCUGAAAAUGUCACCUGUUUGCCUUAGGAACAGGUUUUUUGUGAUGUUUUGUCUGUCCAACUCAGAAGCACAUAGUUAUCUAUUAAGUGCAUUAUAAGUGGAAUUCACUGUAAUCCAAUGAGAAUGUAGACUUUUCUGUAUCCAAAUGUAUAACUUUUAAUUAAAGGUGUUACGUGAACGUAAAAAGGUA